AACCUACAUUAUGCUGGCACUAGGAAGUUGCCUAUCAGGUUUAACUGCUGAUGCUGGAGGGAGGAGGAUAGCAAUGAUACUGGCAAACAGUGCAUCUCUUUCAGGAUGGAUUGCCACUGGAUUGUGUAAUAGCACUGAAGUGCUGUAUGUGUCCAGUGCUCUAACUGGUCUAGGCAUAGGUUUUACCAUGACACCAGUGAUUGCAUAUCUUGGUGAAAUCAGUCAACCACAGUUUCGCAGCAUGCUGAUUGCAGCUACUGGCACAAUGCCGCACAUAGGAUGUCUACUUAUUUACAGUUUGUGGCCAUAUGUGCACUGGAACUGGAUAGCAUUUGCAAGUGUUGUGGUGCCAGUCAUUUCUGUUCUCUCUAUUCUGUGGAUCCCAGAAUCUCCAUUCUGGCUUAUGGCCAAGGGGAAAGAGAAGAAAGCUGAAGCUUCGAUGGAAUGGCUGAGAGGCUCAUUAGCUCACCAUAAAAUGAAUGAAGAAAUGAUAGAGGUUCAGCAACAUGUGGCAUCAGAUGAUCGUGCAGUCUGCAUUCUCUAUGAACCACAGAAAUUCAAUGUGCAGCAUGACAAUCUUGGUCUUGAUUUGAGCCCAGGAGAAUCCGUACCCAAAAGUGUUGCAGAGAAUAGGUGCAGCAGUGAACGUGGAUGUGGUGGGGCUGAUACAGUUCGUGUGAAAUUUGUUGAUUGUAAAGAGAAGCAAGUUCAGUCUGACAGCACAAGUCACAAAUCACGGAAAUGCUUGAAAGGAGAAACUUUGUGUCCACAAAUCGUUCUUUCUGGAUAUUUUUUCUUUACACGAUUGUCAGGAGCUUCUAAUACUGCAAUUUAUUUCAGAAGUUUUAUCCAUGCAUUUGGGCUGCAAUUCAACAUACAGUGGGUGCUGGUGUAUGCCUCACUUCUAGGGUUCAUUAGCAUUAGCAUCUUCACAGUGCUGUUGAAAAAGUUUGGAAAACGAGAACUGGCACUCACAUCAAUUGUGGUCUGCUGUAUCUGUAACAUAGCACUUGGCACAUGUGUAAAUGUGUUUGAGAAUAAUUAUGCAGGAGUUAGGUACAGAAUGGACUGUAAUUCGGUGACUUUUGCUGACACAAAAAGUGGUUCACUUGGCAUAUCAUACACAGUAGAUGAGCCGAAUGCUACAGAUGCUAAUAAUGAUCAUGUGGGUGAAACAGGAUAUUUCAAAGAAAAUGGAACAAGAUUCACCAUAUUGAAGUCAAAUGGAACAGACAUCUGCAGUUCAGCAGUGACAGUUGAUAAUGUUCUACAGCUGCCUGUCACUGGAAUAGCUCUAGUAGCUUUUACAUUGUUGCUGUUCUCGAGAUACAUUGGAGUUUAUGAAAUUCCUUGGAUCUAUGGAGCCGAGCUAUUUCCUGUCAGAUCACGUGGCAUAGCACUUGGUGCUGCUGCUGCCAUAGCAUAUUCUGCUUCCUUCAUAAGCGAGCAGAUAUAUCCUUAUCUGACAUAUGCACUUGGAGUGAAAGGAACAUUUUGGCUACAUGGCUUCAUGGGUCUGAUUGCUUUUAUCCAUAUUUAUUGCCUUUUGCCAGAAACGGAUGGGAAACCCAUUGAUGAAACAGAGUCAAUAUUCAAGCGUAUGUUAGAGAAACAUGCUGAGAAACGCUUAAGUACAAAAAGAUAAAUGAAUGCAUUUCAUCUCUUGAGCAGGAUAUGCAGAGAUGGUGUAAUUACCUGUUAAACAUGCCUUCAUUUGCUCAAGUUUUGGAUACAAAAGAAAUAUCGAACUCUAUUCUGAGUUAUGAAAUGUAUUUUUUUAAAGUGAAAUAUCAAUGAUGAUGCAUGUUCGAUAAUGGUCAAUUGUAUAAACAAUUGUAAAACUGUAAAACCAAAAAUAUGAACUUACUGACUGAAA